UUACUCUUUUGUGAAAUUUUUAUUGGACUCUGGUGUCUGCAGUUGCUAUGCCUAUGAUUGUGGAUUUAUACUGAGACAUAAUUUCUAAAAGUGGGUUGAAUCUCUGAAGGAUAUCAGCCACAGAGGGCAACAAUUAAGAAUUCCUAGCAUUAUGACCAAGUGUUCACAGCUGCCACAGAGCACCUUGAAAAUGACCAGGAAGAUCUUCACCAACACCAGGGAGCGAUGGAGGCAGCAAAAUGUCAACAGUGCCUUUGCCAAGCUGAGGAAACUUAUUCCCACCCAUCCACCAGACAAAAAACUGAGCAAGAAUGAAACACUACGGCUAGCUAUGAGAUACAUCAACUUCCUUGUCAAGGUGCUGGGAGAGCCAGGCCUGCAGCAGACAGCAGUGGCGGCACGAGGCAGCAUCCUGGGAUUCUUCCAGCAAGCCCCAUGCUUGCAGAGUAUGGAGGAGCUAACUCUCAUUGAAAGCUGUGGUGCCUCUUCUCCCAGCAUGAGCAGCAACAUUGCAGAAUGCUGGUCAGAGACUUCAUCUCCUUAGCAGAGAAUGAGAGAUGAAGUCUUGGUGUUAGUCUGAUAGUCACUAUCUUUGUGGGUUGCCUCUCUAUGUACAAUGAUAAUUUAUUUGUAUUUAUUACUGCUUUAUUUAAGUUUCCAUUCAAUGGCAAAGGAAUUCCUUGGUCAGUUAGCAAUUGAAGGAGCAAUUGAAAGAGGUCAUGCUCUGGGAACUAGGAAGGACUCACUGCUGUAACAGACAAUUCUAAGCCAGAAAAGCCUCUGCCCUGACCUCCUCUAUCAGUUGGGGCCAUAGAAAUCCAUCCAGUGGUUUGCCAGGGGAAGAGGUUAUUCUCCCAUGGCAUUUUGAAGAAGCACUCUGAGCUUAAGAAAUGAUGAAUGUGCCGCAAAACAUGUCCAAGAAAGACACCUGGCCAUGGUAGUGAAAGGUUCUGAGGGUCGUAUUUCCUCCAGUCCUCCACUGCUGGUUCUAGUAACAACCUGCAUUCACUGCAAAUCUUAUUUCCAACUUGAACUUCUUUGAAAAUACAAAUCCUGACCCUUGAACCUGGCUACAUCUUUAUCAGACUGGAGGAAUCCCUGAUAUUACAGCAAAAUACUAUUUAACAAAAUUUAAAAUUAGCUUGAAACAAAAGUGUUGUUUUAAAAUAAAGGUAGAGUCAAAGAUGAAUUUCAGAGAAAUCUGUGAAGCCCAUACCUAGCAGUACCCAGCAUGUGUACAUGAAGGAAGCUGGCUGACUACACUCCAGCUGCUAUCAAAACCCAUCAAGCAGAUUACUGGCUAAACGCCUCUGUUCUUCAACAGCUGUAAAAACAGGGGAAGCCCUCGUUCUGAGCAAGAGGUCUCAGGAAAAAGGCCUGAAUGACACUCUCAGAAAACCUUUAUGGAACACAAGCGAUCACUGCCCUUCUCGUGCACAGGUGGGAUGUAAUGAGCAAUGUGCUCUAGUGCCUGUUUGGCACAGGCUGCAUGCCAGGUGUCUUGGCAACCACCAUGCUGUAUUCAGGCA